AUGGGUGCAGAGGAUCGUGCGACCCCCGACGACCUCGACAACCUCUUCAACUACGACAAAGCCGUCGACGACUUCCUCAAAGACCUCCCGAUCGACAAAGACCAAAACCACACUACCGCCGCAAACGAGCCCACCAAAAACAUCGACGAAGAAAUCACAGUCAAGAAGAAACGCAAACCCGUCCCGAAACUCGACGAGUCCCUCCUCCAAUCCGAAAAAGGCCUACCACGCCUACGCAAAAUCACCAAAACGCGGCUAAAGUUCAAGGGAAAGGGACAUGAGUUCUCGGACAUGUCCCGGCUUCUAAACACGUACCAGUUGUGGCUGGACGAGCUGUACCCGAGGGUGAAGUUCAGGGAUGGCCUGGCGAUGGUGGAGAAGUUGGGGCAUAGUAAGAGGAUGCAGGUUAUGCGGCGCGCGUGGUUGGAUGAGACGAAGCCGGGUGCUGAUGCGAGAGAGCUGAGUCCGGAGAGGGGGGAGGAUGUUGUGAUGAGUGGUGGGUUGGGGAGGGAGAGCGUACCGGCGGAGGACGGGGGUGCGAGAGAGGGGAGCUUGUCGGGUAGUAGAUCUCCGGCAGAUGGCGCACAGGAAGGCGCAGGACAGGCACAACGAUCAGAUGAUGCGCCGGAUGACGACGAGCUCGAUGCACUCAUGGCGGACGAAGCGGCAGCAGCGACAGCUAAGCCAGCAACAUCACAACCACAGCAGCGGAAAGGGCCGUUUGACGAUGAUGACGACGACGAUGAUCUGGACGCUCUUAUGGCCGAGCAAUCAGCUUCGAAUCAUGAUCGGACUGCUACACCCGCACCACCACAGCGAAACGGAGAAACAAGCCAUGAUUAUGCAGACGACGAAGAAGCCAUGGCAGACAUGGGCAUGUGGUGA